AUGAAAAAUGUGGUAAAGUGUCAACAAAAACAACAACAACAACUUAUUUCGAGUUGGGAUAAUACAACAACUUCUACUAGUCCAACUAAUACUAGUAGAUUAAAAAAUACAAAUUAUGAAUAUAAAUCGCAAAAACAACCACAACCACAACAGCCGCAAUUAAUUCAACCAUCUGUAAAACAACCACAACCACAACAGCCACAACAACCACAACAAUCAUUCUCUUCUCCCCAACCACAAUCACCAUAUCAACAACAAAAAUCACCUUAUAGCAGCAAUAAUCCUAGCUCACCAAUCAAAAAACCAACUCUUGGUAACAAUAAUAUAGGUAAUGGAAACAAUGAAUAUAAAAAGAAAAAUGUAAAACCAGCUUAUUCAAACCAACCACCACAACAAAUGCAACAAUCAUCUCAAUCUCCUCCACAACAAUGUAAUACCAACAAUAAUAGUAAUAAUACUAAUAACAAUAACAAUAACAAUAACAAUAACAAUAACAAUAACAAUAUUAAUAAUAAUAAUAAUAAUAAUAAUAAUAAUAAUAAUAAUAAUAAUAGUAAUAUAAUCAAUAUUAAUAAUAAAAAUAAAAAAUUAAAUAAAAAUCAAAUUAUUCAGCCACCACAACAAAACCCAACAAAUCAACAAGGUCAAACAAAUUCAAUAUCAACAACGACAACCACUACAACAACUAUUCAACAACCAUUUAUUAAUCAGCCAAAUUUAAAUAAAUUUAACUAUUAUAAUGAUAAUGAUUUAAUAGCUUUAGCGAAUAAAAAUGAAAAAGAUAGAGAAAUGGAGGAAUUAAUGCAAAGUGUAUAUAUUGACGAUGUUGUUGAAUGGGGCUCAAGAACUCUAUUGCUUCAUAAUAUUAUGCCAGGAAUGACAGAAUCACAUAUCAGGGGUUUAUUUGGACCUUAUCAUACAACACUAAAGCCAACAGGAAAACAGAAUCAGUUAUAUGUUUUAUUCAAUUCACCAAAAGAAGCAAAGUCAUGUUUUUAUACUCAAUUAAAAGGCGUCAGAAAAAUUGAUAAUAGCGGCCAAGCAUGCAUAAAGAUAUUUUUUAAUGGUGAAUAUAAAACUGUUAUUAGGUGCACCAAUCCAGAUCCAUUCCCAUUGCAAUCUGUUAACAUUAAUGAUUUAAUAAAUCAUCCAAACACCGCCACACCAUUAUCAUCAUCCUCAUCACUUUUUAUCCCAUCAAGUGGUAAUAGCUCUUCGUCAUCAUCAUUGGGCAGUUCAUCAUUCUCAUCAACACCACUUUUAGGUAAUAAUAGUUUAUCAAUUUCAUCGAUUGGUCAGGGCACUCCAAUUCUCUCAGGUUCAUACAAUGACCAACAACAACAACAGCAACAUAUUGGUUAUCAUCAUCCAUCCUUUCAAUCAGCAAAUAACUAUAUAUUUUCAUCUGCUGAUGCGCCAUACUAUCAAUCUCAUCAUGAGUUGAAUGGUAGUAGUCAUUUAUUGGGUGAUUAUUAUCCAAAUACGGCCUCACCUAGACACUCCUCCCCAUUAAUCUACCCACAAUCAAACAAUCACUAUAUUAUCGACAACACUUCUUUGGAUUGGAUUAACUCGAGCCCAAAAUCAAAUCAGCAGUUACAUCUUCAACAACAAUUACAACAUCAACCCUCCCAGCAAUUACAACAACAAUUACAAUCUCCACAACAACAAUUGUUAAACCAACAACAAAUAAAUCUUCAUCACCCAUUAUCUUCAUCCUCGUCUUCACAACACAGUCAACAGCUUAACCAACAACAGCAGCAACAACAACAUCAACAACAACAACAACAGCAACAACAGCAACAGCAACAACAACAACAACAGCAGCAACAACAACAGCAACAACAGCAACAACAACAGCAACAACACCACAAAAUUCAAUCAAAAAAGAAUCAAUUAAUUGGUGAGUUGUUAAAAUUAAAAGAAGAGAACCAAGUUAUUAUUUUCCCAGCUAAUCAAAUUAGCACUCUACCACGUGUACCUACUUUUGUUUUUGAUAAGAUCCCAUCUAAAUUUUCAUAUGGUCAACAUCUUCAACAUAAAGAGGUUAAAUCUACUGUAUUAACUGGUUUUUUAAGAGAAUAUGAAGAUAAAAAGAGAACUGUUGGGGCACUUAAUAAAUAUUCAAAAGAAAAAGAUGAUUAUUAUGGUGGGGCAAAUGGCCAUCAUCACCACAACUCACACCAUCAUCAUGGUAAUUACAGCCAAAUUUCUUCAGAUGAUUUCCACGAUCUUUAUGAUGAUAGUGAUGACGAAAAUAAUCACUAUCGUGUAUUUUAUUAUAACUGCUACGAGAAAUCAACACCAACCGUUCAUCUUAUCAGUAACUUGAGCAACAGCCACCUUAGAGAAAGAUGUGGUCGUUUAUCAAUUCUAUUAUUAACCGAAUUUGCACCAGAUAACAGCUAUGCAAUUGGAACUAUUCAAUUCUUUUUUGGUACUCCAUUGGAUCUUUUAUCAAUUAGUCGUUGUAUUCUUUUAAACCAUCAAGUUUUCCACACUGAGCACUUCCAAAAAGAAAUUGACGAGGUUUAUGAAGAUUGGUUACCAAGCGAUCAAGAGGAAGAAAGAAGACUUGACCUAACUCAUUUAGUACCAGUUACUAUCGAUCCACCAACAUCAACCGAUCUUGAUGAUGCUCUUAGUUUCCGUUGUCUUCCACUGGAAUAUAAUGAAGGUAUGAGUGUUUUCGAAGUUGGUAUUCACAUUUCCGAUGUCAGCGCUUUCUUGGAUAAAGGUUCAAAACUCGAUAAAGAAGCAGAAUAUCGUUUAAAUACAAUUUAUUUGGUUGGUUCAAUUAUCCCAAUGCUUCCAAAGAAUCUCAGCAAUAACACUUGUAGUUUGAAAUUAUAUCAAAAAAGAUUUUGCUUUUCACUUUUAGUAAAAAUUAGAUCCGAUGGUAAAAUUUUAGAUUAUCAAUUCUGUAAGAGCAAUCUCCGUUCAAAAGGUCAUUUAUCAUACGAAAAAGCUCAAAGAAUUAUCCAAAAAAAUAAACAAGCCCACGAUAGAUUAGAUCAAUUCACAAAUAAUACAAUGAGCGAAACUUUAGAUGAUUCAAAUGAAAUUUUAAAGAAUGUUUUAGAGAAAUUAGCAAACGAGCAAAGAGAAAAAAUGGCACAAGAACAAAACGAAUCUCCAGAUCAACCAUUUAUUCAAAUGACUAAGAGUAGUAAUACUAUUCACAGUAAUUCGACCGGUUUAAGAUUAGGCUUGGAAGCAAAAGUUAACCACUCAGUUUGGGGUCUCUAUUUAAUUAGUAGUUUAUUAAAUAAUGCCAGAAAAGAAAGAAAGGAAAUUUUCGAUAUCAGUAAUAAUGUUCAAUACGAUCUUAGUGUUGAAGGUGUCCCAAUUGCUGUUGAUUUCCUUCCAAAAUUAGAGAGCCAUGUUUUAGUUCAAGAGUUUAUGCAUUUAGCAAACAAUUUAGCAGCUGUUUCACUUUUAAAUACAAAUGUCGAAUAUGGUAUUGUUUAUUCAUCAUAUAGUAAAAACACAGCACCAACUACAACUACUACAACUACUACAACUACCGCUGCAGCAUCAUCAUCAUCAACAUCAUCACCUGCCCCAACAGCUACUACCACCAGUGCCAAAUCAACAGAAUCAUCAACGCCAAGUACACCACAACCAACUCCACAGUCACUACCACCAAAUAAUUUCGACAAUAGAAAGAAGUUCUUUGAAAGAUUAAAUGUUUUCAUUAAGAAAUUUGUUAACAAUAUUGUUGUUUCAUCAGAGGACGAUUGGAGAUCAAUUAAAAACAAGGUCGAGGAGGCUGUUAAGCAUUGCUCAAGUGAACAGGCCAAAGCAAUGAGAAGACUUGCAAUGCAUUUAAUGGAUCCAACUAAAUAUAUAACAACCGUCGAAAAAAGUAAUGGUUUUGGUAAUGAAAGUAUUUUAGAUGAAAGAGCUCAAUAUACCCACUUCACCGCCCCAAUUAGGAGAUAUAUGGACGUCAAUAUUCAUCGUGCCCUCUCGCUUCAAUUAACAAAGACAGUUAAUUGGUCAUCAGAUACUAUCAUCACACCCUAUUGGGAUGAAAAUAGCGAGGAAUUUAAAGAAUUCAAACAAUUAUUACCUACUGGUGAUGAAUUAACUCAAUUGUGCCAACGUUAUAACGACAUCUCUUGGAAGAGAAAGAUCUCUGAAAAACUCAAUCUUUUAUAUCUUGCAACUUAUAUUUGGGAAAAAGGUCCAAUUCUUACACCAGGCAUUGUUGUAACAAUGUCAAGUAAACAUCUUGUUGUUUAUCUUCCAGAUUUCAAUUUAGAGGUCUCUAGCGAUAAAAAUGAUUUCCUUUCGACCCAUCAUUCAAUUCCAGUUGAAGACGACGAAGAGAUGGAAAUUUCUAAACAACUUUCUGUUUUCCUCUCAGUUGAACCAUUUGUUAUGUUUAGAAGCAAUUUAGUUCCAAAAAUUAAAAUUAGUAAAUAUCCACCAAAUCUUUAAACAGUUUGGUUAUUAAAUUUAAUUUUUAGAACCAAAAACACUUUCAAUAAUAUUAAAUAGGUGCACCAAUCAAAAAAAAAAAAAAUUAAAUCAUUAUAUUUCGAUUCAAAUUAUUAUUUUUUUAUAAUAUUUAUAAAAAAUUAGUAAAAAGGUAAUAACUUAUUUCCCCUCCCCCAAAUUUACUUUCAUAAUAAUAAUAUCGAUAUCAAAAAAUUAAAAAAAUAAAAAAAAAAAUAUAUCAAAGAUAUUAUAAUUUUUCUUUUU